AUGGUAACUGAGGCCCAUGGACGGAAGUAUAAAAGCCAAGGGGAAGUCAGGGAAUUGUUAACAAGAGUAAGAGCAUCGUCCGACUCUUCCUCUCCAUUGAUGAGCAGCGGGCGGCGGCCAGGGGACUGGAACUGUGGAUCAUGCCGCCACCACAACUUCAGCUGGCGCGACUCCUGCCAGCAAUGCGGCGCCGUGAAAUCGACCGACGGCGCCGCUGCCGUCGACGGGGGGUCCAACUUCCUGCCCGGCGACUGGUAUUGCCUCUGCGGUGGUCAUAACUUCGCGAAUCGAUCGAGCUGCCACUUCUGCGGUGCGCCCAGCAACGGCUCCGUUGUCAACAUCUACGACGUCGUGCAUGGCUCGGGAGGUGCGGAACACGGACCAGGCAGCGGGUGGAAGCCUGGGGAUUGGCUGUGCACCAGGUCGGGCUGCAACCAGCACAACUUCGCAAGCAGGAAGCUGUGCUAUCGAUGCAAGGCACCAAAAGGAAUGCAAGAGACGACGACGACGACGACGACGGCCGUGUGAGAAGAUUCAACAAUUAAUGGAAACGUUAUUAUAAA